AUGCUUAUGCGGAUCGCGCUACUGCUCGCUCUAGGCACGCAAAGCGCCCUCAUAGCAGCACCCCUUGCGGGCGAGCAGGCGGUCUUCAGGGCGCAUCGCUUCAAGUCACUCGAUGGAUACUUUCCCACACGUGGCGACGAUAGCGAGACGACGGCUUGGCAUCUGGCGGCAUCGAUCAGUCGAGCUUAUCGCAACAUGCUGAAAGAGGCUGCUGCGGAAGCCGAAGCUAUUCCUCUUGCCAAUCUCGAGCAACGCACGACGCAGCGGACAUCUUUGCGUAUCGAGGGUCGGACGUUGCCAAAGUCGGUAGAUGGCGACAGAGUGCAAGCAAACGAGGCCAAAAUGGGAUGGAUGAGCUCAUCCUGCGUAGACAGCACGAAUCUUGCGCGUCGCUCCCCUUGUAGCGACGACGACCAAUGCAGCGGCCUCGAGCCGCCGUUGGCCGCCAUGAAUGGCUGGCUGGGCGUGUUUCUCGCCCGCGCUUUGCUGCAUGCGAUAGCCAUCUUCUCGUUUUUCACAGCUCUCGGUGUUGCUCACACAUGGCUGUGGUCGCAUCUGCACUCACUCGACGAGAAUAUCGAUACGUCUUGCAAGGGGGAGAAGCAUAUAGUCGAAGCAAAGAGCGAUGACACUCCCCCAGUCUGGCUCUUGACGUUGCCGUAA